AUGAAUUCUAUAAUAAAAUUGCUUAUACCCCUUGUUUUGUUUAAUGUGUUAUGUGAAGGCCACCCAGGAGGCUUAGGAUUUAAUUUAAAGUAUAAUUAUUCUAAAUAUGAUAAUAACAAUUUAAAUAUUUUUUUAAAAUCAAAUAGCCCAGGAUGCACUGGAGAACUUGAAAGAAAAAUAAUAAAUGGGCAAAAAAUAGAUUGGAGUGGUGUGAUGGUUGAAGAUGAUACUGGAAAACACAAUGACAAUUCAAUUCGUAUAAAAAUUAAUAAAUCUAAAGAACAUACAAUAGAAUUACCUGUUUUCGAUAAAAAAAUGCCUUCGAACAAUUUUUAUAAAAUUCUUUUUAACUGUGCUAAAGCAUCUUCAGCAAAACCACAUUUAAUAGAUAUUUGCAUAAAUAAAUAUUUUAAAAAGUACAAUGUCCCAUUUUCACCUGAUUGCGUAAAAUGCUUUUCAGAUUUUAUUGGUUGUGGGUUUAUAUCAUGUAAUAAACAAUGCUCAAAAGACCAAUGUUCUAACGCUUGCAGAGAUUGUAGUCAGAAAGAAUGUUAUAAUAGUUUAUUAAAAUGCACCCAGUUAGAAUCCUUACCAGAUCCAUGCAAAUGA